AGAGAGAGAGAGAGAGAGAGAUGGCAUCGGGGUGGGGAAUCACAGGGAACAAAGGAAGAUGCUACGAUUUUUGGAUGGAUUUCAGCGAGUGCAUGUCUGGAUGCCGAGAGCCCAAGGACUGUUCUCUUCUCCGUGAAGACUAUCUUGAAUGCCUUCACCACGCCAAAGAGUACCAACGAAGGAACCGGGUAUAUAAAGAGGAGCAGCGUCAAAUAAGAGCAGCUGCACAAAAGGCAAAAGGGGAAGGUGGAGAUGUUGUUCAUCUUUAAUUCUUGAAUUUAUCAUAAACCUAUUGGGAAUUUAUCAUAAACCUAUUGGAGUUGCAAAUAUUGGUUAAGUUGUGCAAUCUCAUUUUUAUGAGGGUUUGAUAUGAUUUAAUGCUAAGCUCCUUUUGUUGUUCCCAAAUGAAUCAACAUUUGAUUUUUUGCAAAUUUGGAAGGAUAUUGUCAAUCUGUACUUCCUUUAUGAUAGUAAUGCAUAAUGUUGCUUAUGAAACAUGUGUUGUCUUCCAAUAAUAUUUGCUGCAUUUCUAUCACUUGUUCAUAGUUAGUGAACAACAAAGCUCUGGUUCUUGCAAUCUACUCUGCAUUUCAGCAGUGUAUUUCAGUUGUGUUGAUGUUAUAUGUUACCUUGGGCAAGGAGUUUUUGAGUGGUAAGUAGCUUUGGCCACAGUGAAAAUCAUAUUGAUUUGAAAAGAAGAAAAAUGUGUUUAUUGAAAUGUAGACGAACUUUUAUUGUGUAGUUAGUCUGACUGUCUGAGUAAGGCUGUGUGAAGAAACCGUUGUGCAGGUGAUUGUUGGGUCAUUCAAGUGAAAUCUCCUGUCUCAUCUACGAUCAAUACAAGGAUGGAAUCCCCUUUCUCUGGUCGCACCUGAAGAUUUCUCCAAGCAGAACUUGAGUCUGAUUAUGCCAUGCAUGCGCGCACUUGUCCAGUCUCUGGCAGUGAAUAGUAGUUACUCAAGCUAACAAGUCAUCUUCGAAGACUUGGCUGCAAGGUUAGAUCUUGUCUUUGAAACAUGAAAUUUUUGGUAGCUUGAUCUUCUCAUAUUUUGAUGAUGCACGGGGUGAUAGCCACCGGCUGGUUUUUUGUUAUUGUUCGUAGCGUAGAAACUCUCAUCACAAGUAAUUCUACUGUUGUUUUUUGUUCCUGUUAGUGACAUAGAAUCAUCUCGUCACAAGUAGUUGAUUAAUG